AUCUAUAUCUUCUUGAUAGCCUGUAUUAUUUACUAUUAGCGUUGUACUUAUUUGACUCGCUCAAUAUGUGGAAGGGUUUGUGGUCUUGGUAAGAUAGCAACGACACGGGACGCCAUCUUGUGUUUUUCAGCGGGCUCUAGACAAGGGAACGUCUCCUUACAUAUCCUGAGAAUUUUACACGAAAAACGACGUGAAGAUGGCUACAGGUGCCACCCACAUCUAUGAGUACUUGAGUCUUCCAGAAAGUCUGCUACAACAGUUGGACCAACAGCGCAAGGACGGUUUCUUGUGUGACAUCACAUUGAAGGCAUCUAGUGGGAACUGUACCUGGAUGGCCCAUAAAUGUGUGCUGUCUGCCUUCUCUGGUUACUUCAAGUCACUUCUUGCUACUAAUGAGGCAUCAGAGGUACAGCUGGACCCUGUUACAGAGAAAGGCUUCAAUGCCCUUCUGGACUACAUGUAUACAGCCAAGUUGGUUCUGACCAAGGAAACAGCCCAGGACAUCUUGGUAGCAGCAGGAUUUCUGGAGAUUGUCAACGUGCUGUCUGACUGUUCAACCUACCUGAGUGGACCAGAGGAGCAGCCUGCAGCAAACCAGCCAAACUCUGAUGGACAAAAAGAAAGCACAGAACCAGGAGAAUCCGUCCCCCCCACCCAGCCACAGCCAGUCAAGCGGGGUAGAGGCAGGCCGAAGGGCUCGAAGGGAAGACCCAAACAGUCUGCCGUAUUGUCUGAUGAUGACGAUGAUGAGGUGGACCUGGGCAAGCUUGUUCUCCAGGGGGAUGGACCGUACACCUGCGACAUCUGCCAGGCCCAGUUCACACGCAGGUCCAAGAUCCUGGCACACAGGAGGCGACAUGCGGUGGAGAGGCUCUUCACAUGUGACAUCUGUGAUGAGACCUUCUCAAAGAAAGGUCCUUACCUGAGCCACAGGAGGACACAUAGAGGAGAGGAGUCCUACAGCUGCAAGGACUGUGAAGCUGUAUUUGAAGAUCGAGCAGGCUUAAAGAAACAUCGUAAGCAACACGGUGGUGGAGACAACACCUUCCCAUGUGAAGAGUGCGGCAACAGCUUCAGCUCUAAAGAUGCCCUCAUACAACACAAGCGUAGGCACACAGGGGAAAAGCCUUUCAGCUGUAAUGAGUGUGAUGCCAAGUUUGCUCAGAAAGCAUCUCUGAUUCGUCACAGACGUCGUCAUACCGGUGAGCGACCAUUUGCUUGUGACAUGUGUGACAAGAAGUUCACUGAGAAGAAUAACAUGUUGAACCAUCGACGCAUCCAUACAGGCGAGAAGCCAUUCAAGUGCUCUGUGUGUGGUGUAACCUUUCGCCAAUUGUCCACCCUGAUUGGUCACAGAAGGCAGCACACCAACAAGGGGGAGAAACCAUUCCAGUGUGAUGUUUGCAAUGCUCGCUUUACACAGAAGAGUAACCUGAUUUCCCACCAGAGAGUGAAGCACACUGGAGAGGCUCGCUUCUCUUGUACCCUGUGUACCGCCCAGUUCAACAACAGGUUCCACUACACGGGACACAUGAGAACGCACACGGGGGAACGGCCAUACCCCUGCGAUGUUUGUAAUGCCAGGUUUGCGCUGAAAGCCAACCUACAGCGCCAUCAAAGCUUGCAUCUGAAGGAGAAGACCACACCUCGUAGUACAGUGGAACAAACAAUUAGUCAGGCCCAGCCUGUUCAGGUGCAGUUACAGCUGCCGCAGGGUGUGUCAGCUGCAAGCCACAUCCAGGCCCUGGUGUCGCAGAGUGGAGAGACUAUUCCCAUCAGAGUAGCUGCUGUUUCUCAACCCUCUCAGAUCCAUGAAAUCCCACAUAGUACUGCUCAGGCUGUCCAGAUCAGAGAGAUCACGCUAGAGCUCCCCCAGGGCAUUCAGCUCCAAAAUGCACACGUACAGGCGGAUCUUCAGGAAAAUGGGCAGGAGGCAGUACAGCUGGCCCAGCCAACUGUCAUCCAGCCAACUGUCAUGGAGGUGACCCAGGCAGGGGUCAUGGAAGUCUCCCAAUCAGAGGUGAUGGAAGUGACCCAAGCAGGGGUCAUGGAGGUAACCCAGGCAGGAAUGGAGGUAGACCCACAGCAGGAGGGUCAGGGGUCAGAACAUCAACAGCUGACCACCCGGACCAUCCACAUCCUGCCUGAUGGCACUCAGCAGGAGAUCCACCUGUCUGCAGACAGGACAGAGCAGGUGGUACAGCUGUCCUCUCAGGAGGAGGUGCACAUCGUGGAGAUCCCCACCACCCAGGGGGAUAUGGCCAUUCCCCAGGGAGAGGAGAACCCCACACAGGUUAUGAGUGAUGCUGUACAGUUAGAGGUGCUGGCUGCAGUCAGCCAGAUCAACUAGGCAUCCCAUAGUGCACUUCACCCCUCCUCCCAGAUGGCUGCAAGCUUGGGACCAAAGUUUUUGUUUUUCUUGCCUUGUGCAGAGACGUGUGUUUUUGGCUCUUGAACGUUAAUCAGGACUGUUGGUUUGAAUUGAGUUUUGAUUUAGAAUUAGAUUAACAUUAAAUUUUGACUACCAACUGAAGACAACUUUUUUUGGGGUAUCAGCCACCAUUGCUUGACUUUGGUUCAUCUCAAGUGGUGAAAUGCAUGGACAUGAACUUGUGCAUAUUGUCUUACAACAAAACCAAUGAACAGAGUUUGACACAUUACUGGUGAGGGUAAAAACAUUUGUAGUGGUGAAGCCAAACACAGCGC